AUGUCGCUACCGCAGCAUGUCAACGCCCUCCUGCGCUUCCUGACUCAGGACGCCAAGGUACCCCUAGCGCAGGCCAUGGGCAAAAUCAAGCCUCUCCAAGCGGCCAAGCUCAACACGGCCCUGGAUCUGGCAAAGGCCGACUUUGAAACACUCGAGCAAAUCUUUGGCGACGAAAAAGCCGCGCGACAAUGUCUCAACGCCGCAAAGCGAGUGUCCAAGAAACGCGGCGCAGACGACGAGGCCGCGCCGCUACCAGCAAAGAAGACGAGGCCGAUACAUGGCCAGCCACUCAACGGCGCACAGCUCGAAGCCUCGCUUGCACUGCCGGAACCAGACAUGGACGAAAAGGUGCUGAGGGCGACUGUGCUCUAUACCAACCGCGCCCCUCUCGUCCUUGCUUUCGCCGUCACGCUCAUCAAAUACACGAUGCCUGAACAGCCCGUGUCCAGCAGGCUGAGCCUAGCGCAGGCCGUCACAUCGAUGAACAGCAAGGCCAAGGCGGUUCAUAUUGGGCUGGAUAAAGGGCAGCCUGCAGAGGAACAAGGGUGGGGUGAGGGGCAACCGCUUGUUCGUAUCAUGACACGCGACGUGCGGGUUAUGAAGCGGUGGGGCUACGAAUGGGAAGAAGAGACUGUCCAGACGCCCGCGUCUUCGCCUGAUACAGUGGUGGAUGAAAAGGCAAAGGCACCUGCGCUGUGGGGCGUGGACCUCGAAGCGCUCAAAAAGGCGAAUCAGCCUGGUGCAUCGGGGCUCUCCAGAGGACAAAACAAUAUGCCCAUCUACACUGCACAGAGCGCCAGGGCAUAUCUGCUCAAGGCAUUUGACACGCCAGAGGAUGAGGUUGAGCAAGACAUCAAACACGCAAAAAAGCCGGCUGUCCUAGCAGCCCAAAAGCAACGCAAUCUCGGGUUACUGCUGGGCGCACUGGAGCUUCUUUUCCAGUCGUGGGCGCAGAUACUCAGCAAGGAUGAUGUCGACAAACGGGCUUGGGCAUGGUACGUCCGUGUUCGUCCCGACGUGGCUCAAGGAGCGGCAGGCUGGGGAGGCAAAGGCAAGGUAAGGUUGGCAGACAUUCUGGACCUGCAGAGGCCAGCAGAGCAAGUGCCUUGA